AUGAAGCUAUCAAAGGAGGAUUGCCGAGAUGCAUUAGAGAUGAUCUGCAACCUGGAGUCAGAUGGAGAAGAGAGGGCGGCUCUCAGCCUGUGCUCGGCCUUCCUGACCCGCCAGCUUUUCCAAGGAGACACAGACUGUGCUUGGGAGCUCACUCUGUUUUGGAGCAAGCUGUUGAAGAGAUUGGAGCCGUCGGAGCAGGCCUUCCUCGACCGAUGUCGUCAGAUGUCCUUACUUUCCAAAAAUGUUUUCCAUAUCCUGUUCCUUAUCAAGGUCAUCCAAUCAGAGAUUGACAGCGUUGGACUUCCAGUGUGCAUCGAGAUGUGUAUAAGGGCUCUGCGAAUGGAAUCCGAUGAUGGGAACACCAAGGCCACUGUGUGUAAAACUAUUUCCUGCUUGCUUCCCACUGACCUGGAAGUGAAGCGAGCCUGCCAGCUGACGGAGUUUCUCCUGGAGCCAACAGUGGAUUCAUACUACGCCGUGGAGACUCUUUACAAUGAACCAGAUCAAAAGGUAGAUGAAGAGAAAAGGCCUGUUCCCAACUCUCUACGCUGCGAGCUCCUGCUAGUUUUCAAAACCCAGUGGCCUUUCGACCCGGAGUUCUGGGACUGGAAAACACUCAAGCGCCAUUGUCUAGCACUCAUGGGUGAGGAAGCUUCAAUUGUUUCAUCCAUAGACCUGCUAAAUGAACCCGAGGACCCCGAAGAAGAGGACGAUUUUAGUGAGGGGUUUGCGAAUAUCCUGGACCACCUAGGCAGUGGCACCUAUGAACUGAAAGAUGUAAAAGACAAAAAACAAAAAAACAAAGAGAUGAAGAAACUGAGAGAGAAAGGGUUAAUGUCUGCCAGGUUCAGAAACUGGCAGGCGUAUAUGCAGUACUGUGUACUGUGUGACAAAGAGUUUCUCGGCCACAGGAUCGUACGCCAUGCACAAACUCAUCUGAGCGGUGGAGUAUACAGCUGCCCAAUAUGUGCUCAAACUUUUACCUCAAAAGACACAUUGCUUCCCCACGUAACAUCCCAUGUCAAACAGUCAAGCAAGGAAAGGCUGAUGGCCAUGAAAACAACCAAGCAACUGUCUGAUCCUAAAACAGCUGCCCCUGUUAUUGCAGCAUUACAGGCCAAGCCAGAAUACAAAUCUCGUAAAAAUGGUGACUCCUCGGGGAAACAUUUGAGGUUGAAUGCUAAUGUCAGAGUGUCUAGGCCUUCCAUAGAUGGUGAUGAAAAUGUGUGCCCUGUUGGAAAAUGUAAACACAGCUUCAAAUUUUUCAAAAAUCUCAUUGCACAUGUUAGAGGUCAUGGGAACAAUGAGGAAGCUAUGAUUUUCCUCGAAAUGCAGAGCAAAAAGGUUGUUUGCCAGUACUGCCGCCGCCACUUUGUUAAUGUCACCCAUCUUAAUGACCAUUUACAAGUCCACUGUGGUGUGAAACCUUACAUCUGUAUUCAGUUGAACUGCAGGGCAAGUUUUCUGUCCAACACUGAACUCUUUGUACACAGGAAAACACAUUCUGUUUUUAAGGCACGAUGCAUGUUUCCAGAGUGUGGGAAGAUUUUCAAUGAGGCCUUCAAACUCUAUGACCACGAGGCACAGCAUUAUAAAACGUUCACGUGUAAAUUUGCAGAAUGUGGGAAGGUAUUCCAUUCCCAACAACAGCUGGAUUUGCACCACGGGGCCCAUGCCCCUCACAAAGAGAAAAGUACGUCUCCUGAACACAUCUCACAGAAUACGCAGCCAGGCCCUUCGCUCAUUGAGCAAAUGCUUUCCAACAGCACUCCCGUUAAACAAGAGAAUUCCCAAGAAAACUGUACCACAGAGAGCACGGUUGAUUCAAAUAAUGAAAGGCUGCCAGUUGCAAUUGAGAGUUUGAUGAAAUCUUCCGAAGUUCCUGCGCAAACCUUAGGACUAAACACUGUAAAACAAGAGCCCCAAAAUGUGCCAGUUUCAACCACCAGUUACACACAGAGUAUGAAUAAUUCUGUGAUUAAGCCUUUGAAUUCCCAAUUGUCUGACCCUAAUGGACAUAGACAUGGUUCAAGUGGCCAUUCUUUUGAUAGUAUGAGACCGCCCCAACAAAAUCAGCCGGUACCUCCAUUUAAAGCUAAUGUAAUCUUGCAAGCCCAGCUACAGCCCCAAGUGUUUCACAGCGCUGUAAAUACUGGUCUAACAGCCUUCAAAACUGGCGGAAACUUAACACUGCAGGUGCAGCAAGGGACAAUGUGUAGUAGCAACCUGUUAGCGCUGGCCAAAAAAUCCAUACAGCCAGCAAUGUCACAACCACUUCCUCCAACACUAGCCCCUCAGCCACUACCUGGGAACAGAUCGGAAAACUCUGUGACUUCCUCAACUAGCACAGGGCCCCUUCCAGGACAGAGAGAGCGCUUUCACUGUGCAUUUGAAACAUGUGCAAGGAACUACAGCUCCCCCAAAAGUGUUGCAAAGCACAUGAAAGCGGUUCACUCGGAGUUCUAUGAGAAUUGGAAAAAAAAUCGAACUAAAAUCAAGACAACUUAUGCUGCGGCACCGAGCAAAUCAUCUGUUGGACAUCUCAGUUCAUUUGUGCCAGUUCAGAACCAGCAGGACAACGGAUUACCAGUUGGUGGGGUUCACAGGCAGAACGUUAUCCGAUCACCUCCUUAUAUUAAUAUGGGUGCACGCUUAAACUGCACUACUUUACACUCCCAUCCCUCACCUGCCCAAUAUCAGAAUGCUUCACUCUUGAUGGAAAACGUUUUAAAUCCUAUUGUUGUCUCUCAGCUAAGAAGUGAUACAAAUCCAAUAACUGCACAGUCCCAGGUUCCAGUUAAUCAAAAUUGGAACUUAGUCCCUGGAACUAAACAAAUUCAAAACUGUGGCACCUCCCAAGUCUAUCCAUCUAACACACAUGUGAUCUCACAAGUCAAUUCUACCAGUGCUGCUCUGCCACGUAAUCUCCCAUCCUGCUCUGUAACUGGCUCCACCAGAAACCGACCAGCACAGUCAAUGCAGUCACAACUAAUGGAAAAUGCGAAACAUUUCUCUAAACAAGCGGAAGACCUUAUUUUGCCACAUGCUUCACAAAUGCAAAGCAUCUCCGGUUCCAGGGCACCAGAACAAACUAAAUCAAUGCAAAACCAUCUGCAGUCUCAAUUUUCCUCUUUAGACAAUGCAAGCCAAAACCACAGUAACAACCAACCUCAAGCUACCGUCAUCGCUGAAAACAAUCCUGCAAAUCAAAAGCGACCCAAAAGAAGCAGCAGGACCAAAUGGCCAGCUAUUAUCAGAGAUGGAAAAUUUGUUUGUUGCAGGUGUUUUAGAGAAUUCAAUAGUCCAAAAUCUCUCGGAGGCCAUUUGUCCAAGCGUACAAUCUGCAAACCAUAUGAUGAAUCAGAACUGAACACAGACCUGCCAUCAUCAUUUCUUGACUUUCUCAAUUCAGAGCAAGCGAUUAGGGCUGCUCAGCCACAGUCAUCUUCCAGUCCUGCUGCUGUCUAUCAGGAGAAGCAUGCUCUGUCAGCAGCACAUGUUUCAUACCCCGUCCCUAAAUAUUCAAAAAGUAAAUUGGCAAAAUAUAAGAAUGGUGCGUCAAAUGAUGACAUUCUUAAGCAAAUCAAGACAGAACCCAAUAUGACGGAUCUUUUUGUGAACACACCUGCUUCCCAGUCAUUGUUUCAAAACUCUUGUGUGUCCUUUUCAGCUGGUGAACGCUUGCCAGGGAGCUCAGUCAUACAGCACACAGAAAAUGUUGCGCUGAAGCAAGAGGACAACUUGUUUAAUACAGCCCAUUAUCCUCAGCCAAGUGCUGAUGCAUUUGCUGGAAGUGAAUUCCCCGACCAACUUUUCUCUCAGAUUCUCACAGAAAAUCCUGACAUAACCGUUCAAACACCAGAUUUUAACUCGGCGAUGAAAACGUUGUUACCUGAUAGUCAGCUCAGUCCAUCCACAAGCAGCAAGCAGUCUGGGACGCAAAGGAAGAGAACUGAUCAAUAUAUUAAAAAGAGACUGCGGGAGCAGAUUUUAGCUGGUGACUUUCAACGUAGAAACACCUUAGGCCAUUCAAGCAACACUGACACGAAUGCCAAUUCAAAGAGUCCUAUGGCUUUUUUCCCAAUGUGCAAUCCCUCUGAUAAUUAUGGACUUGAUCAAAUGUUUUGCGAUGCAAAGAGUGACCAAGGUAGCCUAGGAGAGAUCAUGCUAGAGAACUGUACAAUCAUCCCAGGAACCGCUGAUGAAAUCAAACAACUACUGAACACACAGAGCUUUACUGGUUUCAGAGAGUCCUCCACACAGCUGCAGGAGGUACUGAACCCCACAAGCGUCCUUGCAACUUAUGCAGAUCUUGACCCAACACCGUUAUCUGCUAGCCAGUACCAGCAGAUGACAGAAAUUCAGGGUGCAUUAGAAAAGCUUGACUUGGUCAGAGAAAGAUCUAAUCAGGUGUUGGCCCAAAUGAAACAAUGUAGCAAUAGUACAGUCAACACAGGAUCCCCAACAGUCUUUGUCAAGCCUUUUGCUUGUGAGGAUGAGACAUGCUCAUUUGGCUCAAUGUCAGGUGAUGCUCUUUGGAGACACCUGUCCAAAUCUCACAACUACACAAUGGAUAUGGUGAAUGUGGUUAAAAAAAGGUAUGGCCAAUAUGCCCCUUUCCAGUGCCAUACUUGUCCUAAGAGAUUUACUCGUAACUCAAACCUCCGUGCUCACUACCAGUCGGUUCACAAAUUAUCUCUGAAAGAAAUCACAGAUCUAGAUAUGUUGCGCAGAGAGGCCACUGUUCAAAAACGUGUUUCUCCAGCAGCUCAAACCACAUUGCCUACUCAUUCAUCAACAAAGAAAAAACCACCGCUCUAUUCACUUAAAGAUUCUGUGAAACUCAAUACCCCAUUAAAGGCAUUUGUAUCACUUACUAACAUUAACGUGACUAAUCAUACAUUUGCAGAUGACAACCGGUCCACAGUCAUUCAACCCUUGCUAACUGCUCCCAUGCACAAUCAAGCAACGACUCUACCAGCGCAGGCUCAUACAUCUACGUCAGCAUUUCAGUUAGUACAAGCAGAGACGGCAGCACCACAGUUGUCAAAUGAUCUGCAAAGAAACUUGCCCAAGAUGCCCACUCAACACUCACAUGGUCAACGAGGUAAAGCCCGUUUGCCCAAAGUAUCAACUCUUCUCACUCAGGCUUUAUCUGCCACGCCGCAAGCUAAUGGGCCUCCAUCUGUCGACAAACUAUCUGCAGUCAACAGGCCGCCAACAGUCAAGACAGUCAAGACAGUCAAGACAACUAUAUACAGAACCAAGAAGACAAAAAAGAAAAAGCCCAAAUCCGCUGAUGCCAUGAGUCUGUACAGACCAUAUUGCUGCGUUCAUCAAGGUUGUGUGGCAGCCUUCACCAUCCAGCACAAUCUGAUCCUCCACUACAGGGCUGUUCACCAGUCUGCUUUGUCAUUAUUGGAGGUGAAUGAAGAGCAGGACCAGAGUGACGAACUGGAGGAUUUCAUGGAUUUUGAUGAGGAGGAGGAGGAGGAGGAGCAGCAACAGCAGCCAGAGGCCGAGAUCCCACACAUUUCUGAAUUCAGAUGUCAAGUUAAAGACUGCUCCAGAGUUUUCCAAGAAGUUCCCCACCUUUUGCAGCAUUAUCUUCAGCUGCAUGAGUUCAGUCUCGACAAGGUUGGCAAUAUCUUGUCAAGCAUCAAGCUCGGCAAGUUUACUUGUAGCCACCAAGAAUGCACAUCAACAUUCACUGCUUUCUGGAAGUAUAUCGGACAUGUCAAAGAACAGCAUAAAGAUAUGAAGUUGGCCAAACCUGAUCUUAAUGCCUCUUUCAAAUGUGAAGUUGAAGGCUGUGACCGUUCAUAUGCCACAAAGUCAAACCUGCUCAGACAUGUCAUGAAAAAGCAUAAUGACCUGUACCAGGAUCAACUCAAGGAUCAACAGAUAAAAGAAGACAAGAUGAAACGGGACUCUAAGACUCCAAGACUGCAUUACGAAAUUACCAAGACCAGUAAUGGGAAGGAAAACAUUGAGAGCAAUAAAAAGAUCCUACAGAGGGGAAGUGAGACCAAGCGGGACAAGGCAAAAAGAAAUCACUGGACUAAAUAUGGAAACCCCUCCUUGAAAUCUAAAGUGGAAGCAUCUUCAAUGUGCACAAAUAGAUUUCCCCUACAAUACCCCUGUAUGAUUAAAGGUUGUGAUUCAGUCACAAGAUCAGAACGUAGCAUAUUAAAACAUUACAUGGGACACGGACUGUCAGAAAAGUAUCUGGAACAGCAAAGGAGUCACUUCAUAUUCUGCAAAAAGUUUCCCAGGCAGAAGUGCCACUUGAUCAGGAGUGAUGAUUCCAAAUCAGACAACACCUCUGACCUGUCGGACAUAGAGGGGACCUCAGACACCGGCCUAGGCGGAGGGGAAUAUGGAAGUUCAAAGCCUGUCCUACGCAAAAGGACCAUUGCAGACUCCCCUGUUACAUUGUUCAACACCAAAUUAUCAACUGAGGAAAGUUCUGAUGGCUCUGUGAUGCUCAAACGCAAACGAGGUCGCCCGCGUAAACUAGAGGGCAAAGCGGUGAAACGCAAGAAAAUUCCCCGCACAACCAAGACAGCGGUACUUUACAGCAGGGACGAUGAAUCAGACUCCUCUUGCCCCGCAGUAAUGCAGGACGAGAACGCUCCGCUGGCCUCUUUCAAACCGAUGGGCUUUGAAAUGUCUUUCCUAAAAUUCCUGGAACAGUCCAAAAAAAGUUCAGAGACAUGCAGAAAUACCUCCAGCACCUCUGUCCGGUUUAGAAACCGGCAGUUUUUGAAAUCACUUAGAAAGGUCAAAAUAGUCAUAGAUGGGGCCUUUUCAGGGGUCUCUGACCUUAUGUUGAAACAGCUGCAGGACAUGCGGCCCACAGUGGUAUUGUGAAAAAAUAGCUUACUUGUUUUUUGUGGGUUUUGUAAAGCAGAAUCUCAGGACAAGAAUGAGUAAAAUCUGCUGCAGACUGCUGCCCGACAUACUAGAUCUUUUUUACAAAUCCAAUAAAAAUAAGUUGUUUUUCAAUGAUACUGUAUUAUCUGUAAAAUGUCUCUUUUUUUUAUGGAAAAGUAUAUAGCAUGUUUUUAUUUAUGGACUAGUAUGUCAAAAAGUUACCUGAAAUUCAAAUGAGAUCGACUUGUUGCUGUCUUAUUGAUCCCUGUGGGACUUCAGAAAAACAGACUCUGGACUGGAUUUGAUUGUGUAGUUUGUGAUUUGGAGAUGUUGAUUGUGCGUUGGUUAUAUAGUCUGAGAUCACCCACUGCCACCAGCAGUCUUGUUAUUAAAUGAACAGUUUUCUACAACCAGUUUGACUUGGUUUUUUUUUAAUCAUUUGCCAUUUAGUUUGAUACACUGCAGCUUUAGGGAUUCAUUUUGGAUAAUAAAUAAC